CGCACGGCCCAAAGCCCUAAUGACGUCUCCCGCCUGUUUUAUGCCCAAAGCUCUAAUAACGUCUCCCGCCCACAGCAGAUAGAGAGAGAGAGGGAGAGGAGAGGAGAGGAGAGAAAUGGGUGCGAUAGAGAGAGAAAGAACGAUAAUGGAAAUGAAGGCGGAGGAGCUGUUGAAGGAGGUCCGCCUCCAACCUUUCACCCCAAAAGCUGCUACAGCCAUUGAAAAAGCCAUUUCUGCCAUUUCAGAAGCUAUUGAAAACAUCCCCCAACACUACUCUACCAUCAACGAAGCUGCUCCCGGUAUUGCCCGUGACCUCCUCUCCUCCUCCUCCGAUAAAGAUAAAACAAUUGGCUUGACCUUCAAGAAGCCUGUUUCCUUGGAAAUAGUCGGCAGUUACGCUAUUGGAUGCAUCACUAAACCACACUCAAAUGUCGAUAUCCUACUCCGCAUGCCCCGGGAGUGCUUCCAUGAGAAAGACUACUUGAACUAUCGGUAUCAUGCCAAAAGAUGUCUCUACCUUUGUAUCAUCAAGAGGCACCUUAAAUCCUGUCCUGCCAUUCGCACCAUCAAAUGGUCGACCUUUCACAACGAGGCUCGGAAGCCUGUUCUGAUUCUAUAUCCAGCAGAUCUAGAGCUUGCUGAACCUUUUGAAGUUUUCAUAAGGUUAAUUCCGACUGCUGCUUCCUUAUUUAGCAUUUCAAAGCUGAACUUGGGACGAAACAACAUUCGUGCAUUAAAUCAAGGGAGCAUUCCGAAGCCUACGCCCAAGUACAAUAGCAGCAUUUUGGAAGAUAUGUUCUUAGAGGAGAAUGCAGCGUUUGUGAAAGAAACUUUCCUUGAAUGGAGGGAUCUUGGGGAUGCUUUAGUUUUGCUCAAAGUUUGGGCUCGGAAUAGGAGUUCUAUAUACACGCAUGAUUGCUUAAAUGGAUUUCUAAUGUCUGUUAUAAUUUCCUACCUGGCAACGGAAUCUGGGGGGAAUCGCAUCAACAGGUCAAUGACCCCAAUGGCGAUAUUUCGUAUCACAUUGGAUUUCAUUGCCAAUUCAAAGUUAUGGGACAAGGGUUUCUCACUUCAUCCUCUAGGCCAUUGCACUAUGUCUAAAGAGGAAAAGAGCCAACAUCUGCAAUCCUCUGGUACAAUUGUAUGUGAUUUUUCUGGCCAUUUUAACCUGGCUUUUCGGAUGACAAGGAGUGCUUUAAUAGAGCUUCAGGAUGUGGCUGUAUGCACACUUAAUUGCAUGGACAAAUGUAGGGAUGGUGGAUUUGAAGAGGUCUUCAUGACAAAGGUUGACUUCCCUGCUAAAUUUGAUUACUGUAUGAGAAUAAAUUUGAAAGGAAGCCAUGAGUUCUGUGAGUCUGGCUUUUUCUUGGAUGAUGAAUGUUGGAGAAUUUAUGAGGAAAGGGUACAUUCGCUUCUGGAACAAGCACUGAAUGAUAGAGCAAAGUUUAUUCGUGUGACCUGGAGAAGCACACCAUCUGAAUGGAAUAUAGAAGAUGGGUUUGCGAAGUUUGGUGAUGAGCCAAUCUUUGCUGGUAUAAUAAUCAGCUCUUUUGAGAAAAGUUUUCGUACGGUUGAUGUGGGCCCAAAUGCUGAGAACAAAGAGGAGGCUGCCAAAUUCAGAAAAUUUUGGGGAGAGAAGGCAGAGCUUCGAAGGUUUAAAGAUGGAACUAUUGCAGAAAGCACAGUGUGGGAAUGUGAGCAGUGGGAAAAACAUCUCAUUAUAAAAAGAAUUACAGAGUAUAUUCUUUCUCGGCAUUUUUCCCUGUCAAAUGAGGAUAUGGUACAUGUUGUAGAUCAACUUGAUUUCUGCCUUCAUCAUGGUUUCAAAGAUCCAAUAUCAGUUUCUGGUGGUCUACUUAGGGCAUUUGAAGUUCUAUCGAAGCGCCUGCGUCAUGUAGAUGGUGUCCCUUUGAGCGUGUCAAGUGUUCAGCCUUUAGACCCAGCCUUCAGGUACACAUCUGUUUUCCCCCCUGAACCUCAUCCCUUGGCUAAUGAAAAGGAUGUUAACCGAAGAUCACAGUUCACAACUUGUAUUCAACCAGUGGAAGUUAUGAUUCAGUUGGAGGGAUCAGGAAACUGGCCGUUGGAUGAUGUAGCAAUACAAAAAACUAAAUCUGCCUUCCUUCUAAGAAUUGGAGAAAGUCUUCAGAACCGUUGGGGUAUGAUGUGUAUUGCUAGUGAGGAUGAGGUGAAUGUCCUUAUGUCUGGGUAUGCUUUUCAGCUUAGAAUCCUGCAUGAGAGAAGCAUCAAUUGCUCCAGAAAGCAAGUUGAUGAUUAUCAAAAGAAAGAAGUCGACAAGGAACUAUUUCUUCGCGGUCAGCAUUCUAGCAUGAUUAAUGGUUUGCAAGGUCGUUAUCCUACAUAUGGACCAGUUGUGCGGCUUGCAAAACGAUGGUUUGCGUCGCAUUUCUUUUCACCUUUCCUUUCUGAAGGGGCAAUUGAAUUACUGGUCGCUUACCUCUUUCUGAAGCCUUUUCCAUUUUACACUCCUUGCUCACGGAUCACUGGAUUUUUGAGGUUCUUGAGAUUAUUAUCAAGCUACGAUUGGACCUUCUCUCCGCUUGUUGUGGACAUAAACAAUGAUUUAACUUUGGAGGAUGAAAAAGAGGUCAAUGAGAAUUUCGUCGCAAGCAGAAAAGCUUAUGAAGAAAAGGGUCAUAACAUAGACCCAGCCAUGUUCUUGGCUACAUCAUAUGAUAAGGCUUCUGAAGCUUGGACCAAGUUUUCACCCAAUACAUCUGUGCUUAGGAGAAUGGUGUCGUAUGCCCGAAGCAGUGCAGACCUUCUAACGAAGUUGAUUCUAGAGGGCCAGAUGGGUCCUUAUAGGUGGGAGUGCCUGUUCCGGACUCCUUUGAACAACUAUGACGCUGUAAUUCUUCUACACAAGGAUAAACUGCCUUAUCCUCAACGCCUUCUUUUCCUAUCUGAGAUGAACCAAGGAAGGCGUGUCAUUCAAGGGAAUGCAAGCAAGGAUUUCCAUCCCUACAUAUCGCUUGUAAAUAAACAACAGAGCUUUGAGGAAAUAAGGAAUAAGUUGAUGGUGAACUUCGAUCCAACCAGUUGUUUUGUUGAGGAUCUAAAGAGAAAGUUCCCUGACACAUUCAAGGUCUGGUAUGAUACUCUUGGAGGCGAUGCCAUUGGCCUUACUUGGGAGAAAUCAGGGUUAAAGAAACGGCAGCGGGAAGAAUGUGAGGUUGCACAAGAUACAAUAGGCAUACUCAAGGAGGUGGGUGAGGUAGGUAAAGGGUUUGUGAAGAGUGUUUAUUAUCUCAAAGCCCCAAGGAUUCAUAGCUAGAUGUACUUGAAAACCUUUUGUCUGUCUGUGUUUCUUUGGUGGCUGGUACACAGUUUAUUUUUUGUUUGUUACAGCAGUGUAUCAGUCAAAUUUGUUUUUUGAGGAUGCCAAAUCUAUUGAGAAACUGUAUUUAUCCUGCGAUGAGCACGAGAGCCUUCCCAUUCUGCC